AUCUUCCAUUACUGGAAAUAUGGGUUUUUAAUAGUUAAAGGGUAAAGAAUUAUCAAAGGAAUUUAAUUCAUAAUCCUCAAAAAUAAUGAGACAGUCCAUGGAUAUGGAGGUUAAGCACAUUGCUGGAAAGAUCAGUAUCCCUAAAAGGUUCAUCUUCUCAGAAGGAAAGGCUAUUGAGCAUCCAGAUUACCCACACUACCAUGACCUUCUACAGAAAAUGAACAUGCCCUUUGUGAAAGGAUUUGAAGACAGACAUAACUGUGGCAGAUUUGAAAAGAAAUUCAACCCUACGUUUUUAAAAUUCCAUCCUUAUCCUCCCUCAGUCCUGCCAGACUAUCAUGUCCACUACCCCUAUCCCCCACCAUUUGGCAAGGCAUAUCCAUUAGCCCCACUACGUGACGAUGUGCCCUUGGGCGACCCCUGUUCGGGAUUUAUGAGUCCUGGUGGAGAUGCUGAUUUAAGGCCUGGUGUGGGCAGAGCCAUACCAAACCUGGCGAGUUUCCAUGAUGUAAAACCUCAAAAUCGAGUUCCUAGGCCAGACAAAGGAUUUCAUACAACAAUAAAAAGGCAAACAAUACUUGCAGAAGAACUAAAACAGGACAGGAGAUGGAAUUCCAGGAAAGUAUCAGACAUUUUCAUCAGGGCAAAACUUGGAGGUUGGACGAGCCCACGGAAAGUUAUUCCUGUACCGGUUCAUGAACACGAAGUAGGCACAUUAAGUCGCUUGUACACCUUUGAGGAUGAGGCAACAAGUACAGAUGAUAGUGAGCCACUUGUCCAGCUAGACACGAAAACUAACACAAAGGAAUCCUUUUACAAAUCUUCGACACAGAAAGCUUAUGAAAAUGUUCCUUGGGACAAGAUUCUAUCACCAAAACUCGAUCCAGAAGAAACAACCUUGGAAAAAGCUGCUGACCACAUCUCACAGUGUUUUACACUGAAAAGAUAUGAAAGACUCCCAGCCAUAACCCAGAUGGUCGGUGGACUCUGGGACAGAUUUCAGACAAGAUUGUUCUCAGCGCCAGUCAAACCAAUCAAUUUUGUGAGUCCAAGUACUAGGAGUAAAUACAUUCCUCUGUAUACUGGUCAUGUGCAAAGCACAAACGCUGACGAUGUGGACAACCCCUACAGAGAUAUCAAGUCUGUGGCCAGUCCUCGGCACUCUAAACUGCUCUAUACGGACACAAGCCGUUCUGCGAAUAUCCCAGGAUACACUGGCAAGGUUCAUUUCACAGCCACCCACCCAACCAAUUCUAAUAUUCCACCAACAAUGCCAUUAUCAGACUCGGAGAUGAACCGCCUCUUACUACAAGAAAUGAGAGUUGACCGCUUCCGUCACCAGGGCCCGUUGUCCCAAAUGGUGACAACUGUGAAGCCCUACAACCCAUUCAACAGGAAGGAGAAAGAAACCCUUGAGUACUGAAGGAGACCACAUCCCUGAGAGACUGCUCAGUUCACCUGGGGGGGGAAGGCUUUGUACACAUUGAUGAUGGAGAAAAAAAAAGAAGAAAGAACACA